AAAGACUUAAGGCCGUCCCUCUAAAAUACGCGCCCCCUCUCGAAAUCUCUCUCUGCUCAAAGAUUUUGCUUUGGUGUUGCGCGCAAGUGAGUUGAGAAGUAUUUUCCUCUCUUCAAUUACCCGCCCAAAAGGUUUCCCAGGCUCAAUCCGUCGUUCGGAGGCUUUUUUGAUGUUGAAACGGUGAGGCGGCGGGGUUUGGAUGGAUUCGAGUUCGAUGGAGGGUUUGGAGGUGGGGGUGGCGGUGGGGGAGAAGCGGCCGGCGGGGGAGGGGGGUGAAUUGGCCGCGGCGAAGAAGAAGGCGAGGAGGGCCGACGGGGUGGUUGCGAACGUGAGGAGGGCGGCGGAGAUAGUGAUGGUUCUGGCGGCGAUGGGGAAGAUGCGGGGAGGGAGGAGCCCGAGCGCAGCGGAGAGGGAAAUGGCGGCGGAGGCAAGGGAGAAGGUGGCGGCGGUGUGCGGGGAGUUUGCGCCCAAGGACUUGUUCCCGAGGGAUGCGUUUGGUGGGGUGAUUGAGGAUCUGGGGUUUAAUAAGGUGAGGGAACAGAGGUUAGGGUUUCGGCCUCCGAAGAUGUCUAUUGCUGAGAAGGUGUUGCUUGCCAAGCAAAAGAUGGAAAAAUCUGACGAAUUUUCUUUACGCAAUGGGAUACAGUUAUCUCAACGGUUGCAAACAAAUAUGGGUGCAACAGAAAGCCGUGGGGCAUCACAUGCUACUAGAAUGUUUCCAUCAGAUAAACCUAAUCAUGGACAGGCUACCUCUGGAGCUUUCCAAUCUGCUUCUUCUUUAGGCCAUAUGUCUGCCGCAAAUUCUACAUCUUUACCGUAUCAGCUGCCUGCUAGUGAAGUAAAACAAUCUCUGGCUUCCACUGGAUUACCUCCCAGUCUUCUGGCAAGGGAUUCUUCAACCACAGCGCCGAAAGUUGACAGGCUACAUAUGAGGUCGGAUCCGAGAUCGAAUGGUUCAUCAUAUACAUUGCGAAAUCAAGUAAAUUCUUCAGGAGACCACACAAUGCAAAAAACUCCGGCUUGGUCUCAACAAUCGCAAUCUGCUUCAUCAGGUAAAACUGGUCCGGAUAAUAAGGUGCUGCCUCAUCCUUCUAUUAAGGUCGAGGGGACAGUUAGUAUUACUGCAUCAAGAGUAGCCCCUCAAGCAGCAACUUCUAAACCACCGGUCACUCAGACCACAUCUGGACAUCUGCCGACUAUGCAUCAGCAUGUGCAAGGAAUGAACGUUCCUCAAGCCCCUUCGCUUAGCAAUAUGCACAUUGAAAUUGGUAAAAUUGUUCAAAAGUUAUUACAACCGCAUCUUCCAGUUCACCCUACUUGGACUCCUCCUUCAAGAGAUUACAUGAAUAAGGCUCUGACUUGUCAAGUGUGCAAGCUUACCAUUAAUGAGGUUGAAAAUGUACUUGUUUGUGAUGCUUGUGAGAAGGGGUAUCACCUAAAAUGUCUCCAGUCUCACAAUCAAAAAGGAGUUCCCAGAGGCGAGUGGCACUGCUUUAAGUGUUUGUCAUUGAGCAAUGGGAAACCUUUGCCCCCUAAAUACGGUCGUGUCACGAGAAAUAUAACUGCACCAAAAGUGCCAUCCAAUGCCGCAGCAGUUCGGCCAUCUCCAGAUAAUAAAGGGGGAACAUUAGCUGAGAAGGGAAAUCAGCAGAAAAUAACGGCAAAUGGAAGCUCUGGCAUAGAAAGUGCUGCUGCUGGUGGCAUGGGCAAUAAUCAUAAUCAAUCAGCAUCUGAUUCAAAUAUUCAAAACGCAAAGGAAAUGCACGGGAAAGAUAUUUUAUCGAGUGGAGAGAAAAAAGAUGACAAGAUCAAGUCUGAAACUUGUCCAAAUGACGUAAUGAGAACAUCGUUGUCUGCUUGUGUUUCUUCUGCUUCUGGCUCAAUGGUUGAAAUGUCAAAUGAACAGAAAUUGGUUCCUGAAGCCGAAGGACAGUCUCCUGCAAAAUCAUGUGAGACUGGUUCCAAGAUGUUGGAUCAUCUGCAAGCCUCUGGUAACUCCCAAAACGAUGUCCAAGAAGGGCUUCCAAAUAGUGCUGGAGUUCCUCCAUUGCAAAGUGAUGAAAAGAGCGUCAUCCUCAAAGAUUCAGGGGAAUCUGAUGGUAACAGAAAUUUGGAUGGAAAUCCAAUUGAUGAUAAUAAGGAAGAGGAGCAAGCAAAUGCACGAGCUGAACCUGUUGAAAAUUAUGAAACCAGCGCUCCAGCCGCUGAGCAGGCUGGGUCAUUGUCAGAUGGCUCAGAUUAUGUUGAUUGGAUUGGUGAUGUACUUAGAAUUGUUGAUGACAAGACAUAUUAUGAAUCCUGUUGCAUCAAUGGAGUUGUGUAUAAAGUGCAGGAUUAUGCUCUUUGUCGUUCUAUCAAAGACAACCUGAUGCCUUCUAAGCUUCAGGCCAUGUGGGAAGAUAACAAAACUAGAUCAAAGUGGGUUUUUGUCAACCGCUGCUACUUCCCCAAUGACUUGCCAGAAGCAGUUGGCCGUCCUUGUUCCCCCGAAAGCAAUGAGGUUUAUGAGUCUAAUCACGGUAACACCAUAGUGGCUGGCUUGAUUCGUGGCCCAUGUGUAGUCCUUCCUCCAAGCAAGUUUAACGAAGAAAGUGGGAGGAGAUCCCGCUUGGGGCCAGGGGCAAAUGAUGGAUUACAGCCACUUUACCUGUGCAAUCUAGUGGAGAUGAAUUAUCAGAUUGUGGGUGUAAUUUAUUGGAGAACGAUCUUGUUUUGCAGAUGGUUUUUUGAUGAAUCAAAAGGCGUAUUCAGAGAUGUUUCGAGUUAGUUGCAGUCAAGAGUAUUUUUUUGUGCUAGUCUUAUUCAGGGCUCUAGUGCACAAAGUUGAUGGAUCUCCUUCUGAUCAGGUAGCUUGGAUACCAGGGGACCCUUCGGACCUUUACUGCCGGAGCUUCCAAUACUUCCCAUCUGUCUCUUGUACCAUAUGUAGCGUUAGCUCUAGUCUGUAUCAUUUUUUCUUCUAGGAAUUUAAUUUGUAUUUUGCUGCAGAAUUGCAUCUUCUUCCCUCCUUUUCUAGUUGCUGAAAGCUUAUAUUGUAUUUUCAUCAAGUGAAACCGAAAUAUGAACUGCGUUUUUUCUUCUCCGCUUGCUUAACAUUGAAAUAUUUAUUCAAUAGAAGAUGCAAUUUCAUUU